GCGUCUCUUUGUUGGCUUAGCAGCGGCGACGUUUUGUUGUUAUUUUCGCUGCAGCUGAAAAACAGGCUUGGAUAAUUUUGGUGCUCGUAUUGUUCCGCAAUCAACAUUUCAAACGCUCUAGACAUUUAGGUGUGCUUGUCACAAGUUGAUAAUCACCCUAGGAAUGGACUCAGACGAGGGAUAUAACUAUGAAUACGACGACGAAGAGGAGGAAUGUAGCGAGGACAGCGUCGAAGAGGAGCCCGAGGACGACACCCUGGACCUCGGAGAGGUGGAGUUGGUCGAUCCCGUGGUGGCCGGUGGGGAGCGAGAUGACUGCGUCGAGACUGGUGGUGGCGGCCACGGUCCUGGCGAAGAAGAGGAGGAGGACUACCGUUUUGAGGUUUUGACUGCCGAACAGAUCCUCCAGCAUAUGGUUGAGUGUAUCCGGGAGGUCAACGAGGUCAUCCAGAAUCCUGCAACGAUAACACGGAUCCUUCUCAGUCAUUUCAACUGGGAUAAAGAAAAGCUUAUGGAAAGGUAUUUUGAUGGUAACCUGGACAAGCUUUUCUCUGAGUGUCAUGUCAUAAACCCUAGCAAGAAACCCCGGAUCCGUCCUCCAAUCAACACAAGAUCAUCGGCACAGGACAUGCCAUGCCAGAUCUGCUAUCUGAAUUUCCCCAACUCUUAUUUCACAGGUCUGGAGUGUGGACACAAGUUCUGCAUGCAGUGUUGGGGAGAUUACCUGACCACCAAAAUCAUAGAAGAAGGAAUGGGACAGACUAUUUCUUGCCCUGCUCAUAGUUGUGACAUUUUGGUUGAUGACAACACAGUCAUGCGCCUCAUAACAGAUUCAAAAGUGAAGUUGAAGUACCAGCAUUUAAUUACAAAUAGUUUUGUAGAGUGCAAUCGAUUGUUAAAGUGGUGCCCUGCACCAGAUUGCCAUCAUGUUGUCAAAGUUCAGUACCCAGAUGCCAAGCCAGUGAGGUGCAAGUGUGGCCGUCAGUUCUGCUUCAACUGUGGAGAGAACUGGCAUGAUCCUGUUAAGUGUAAGUGGCUGAGAAAAUGGAUCAAGAAAUGUGACGAUGAUAGUGAAACUUCCAACUGGAUUGCAGCAAAUACUAAGGAGUGUCCAAAAUGCCAUGUGACCAUUGAAAAAGAUGGUGGUUGCAAUCACAUGGUUUGUCGGAACCAGAAUUGCAAAGCCGAGUUCUGCUGGGUCUGUCUGGGUCCAUGGGAACCCCAUGGCUCAGCCUGGUACAACUGCAAUCGCUACAAUGAAGAUGAUGCCAAGGCAGCCAGAGAUGCUCAAGAGCGCUCCAGGGCAGCCUUGCAGAGGUACCUGUUCUACUGUAACCGCUACAUGAACCACAUGCAGAGCCUGCGCUUUGAGCACAAGCUCUAUGCUCAGGUCAAGCAGAAGAUGGAGGAGAUGCAGCAGCACAAUAUGUCAUGGAUUGAGGUGCAGUUUCUGAAGAAGGCUGUGGAUGUGCUGUGCCAGUGUCGCUCUACACUUAUGUUCACUUACGUCUUUGCCUUCUACCUCAAGAAGAACAACCAGUCCAUUAUUUUUGAGAACAACCAGGCAGACCUGGAAAAUGCCACUGAGGUGCUGUCUGGCUACCUAGAGCGGGAUAUCUCCCAGGAUUCUUUGCAGGACAUCAAGCAGAAAGUACAAGACAAGUACAGAUACUGUGAGAGCAGGCGAAGAGUGCUGCUACAGCACGUGCAUGAAGGCUAUGAGAAGGACCUGUGGGAGUACAUUGAGGAUUGAGGACACGUCCCAAUGCAACGGACUCUUGAGUAUCUUGACAAACUAGAGCGCUGAUGCAAUUAACAGGGCAGCACGGGCCUUCUGCCGCCUCUCCUUUGGCAAACCAACCACUUUUGCAUCAUUUUUCCUGGAUUUGUUUAACAAAAUCUUCAAAGUAAAUUAUAUUUAAAUGAAAAGGUAGAGUAAUAAAAAGAAAGUGUACUACAGUAUUGUUAGCAACAGAGUGGAGUCUUGAGAAAGCAGAAAAUCCAUCUUAAACAGAUACAUCCUUUUGGCUUGUAUUGUAACACCUCCCCUGAAUGAUCUUAUUUUCUUCUGUUUUUUGCUUGUGAAUCUUUUCUGUUUUUGAUUUUUGACUUUUGUUUUCCCAUUAGUGUGAAAAUGUUUUCAACACAGCUUUAAUUGUCCUGGCCAUGUCUGCAAUGUGUGGUGAGAUCCUUGUCUGGGUGGCUGAAUGUUGAUAGGCUGAUUGCAAAGGGGCAAAGACAUUUCAGGGGGAGAAGAAGAAAAACAUCAAAAGAACAAAGUAGUCUGUAUUUUUCAAUUUGUAAAUAGUCCAUAUGCAUGGAAGUUAAAGAGCAAGAGUGGCACGUGUUUGCAUAAUUUUGAAAUUUUGAAAUAUUUAUUCUUUACCAAUAUUCAAAAGGUGUACUUUUGCCAUUUAGGUUGAGUCUGUCCUCUCCCUCCAUAGAUUGAGGGAAAUGGGAGGUCUGUGGCAAUAAGGCAUUCGCCCCAUCCUCCUCAGUCUCUUCAGAGCAGUGCACAAGUUCCACCUUAUCAGUAACUCCUAAUCGGGGCUCAUAGAAAGAUUUUCUCCUCGUUGCCAAGUGAUCAGAUAAAAAAGACUCUGUGAAAGUGCACAGCCGAGUUUAAAAAAAAAAAAAAAAAACUGCAGAAAGCAUUUUACAAUUCAAAGGAAAGGUAGAAUGCACCAACUCCAUCUCCCUCUAAUCUAACCUUUUGCUGUACCCUCUUAGUUGUUUUUAGAGGUGUUUAACAUUUAAGAAUAUUACUAAUUAUUUGCAAGAGCCAAACUGAGUGACAUUCACUCUUUUUUUUUCUUUCUCUUUUUUUUUUUUCCCCCUUUCGUUCCCGACGUGGCUUGAGGUAGCCCUCUUAAAGCUCAGCUUGCACCUUGGGGAGUGAAUGAGGGUAAUAGAAUGUACUGACAGCACAGCUUUGGAGUGCUGCUAAUUGGACUGGAUCACUGUCAGACAGUCAGGCAUUGGCAUCACUCUUGCAGGGAGUAUUUGUAUGGCACAGGACUGACAGUGGCCAUGCCUCUUUAAAGAGAUCUCUUGCCUUGCAGUGAGACUGAAAAUUGCUUUAAAUCAAGCUACACAGAUGGACUUGCAAGGUCCAUCAAUAGAUGAGGAAUAUAGGGCAAACUUCUAAAGGUUGUAGGACCGUUUUAUAAUGCCGUUAUGCUUUUGCAUUAAAGACUGUAUUUUUCACACGUGUUGAGGAUUUGACAUUGAAAUGUCAGUGCCCCUCCAGGUUUUGCAAAGUUCUAUGUGGUGGUUGCUCUGGUUGUCAGGCUCUCUGCUUGUAAAUGGCUGUACAUGUCUUCAAUAUGGCAGUCGUCUCAGGAUUGAUUAGAAGGACAUGAAUAUACAGUCACUGAUGCAAGUCAGAAGUUGACACCAAAGUGUCAGCCAUCAUUACAACACAUCCUUUGCCCCAGUUUCAGACCUUUGGGGAAUUCUCCCAAAUGCUUCUUAUGUGUUCAAACUUAUUAUUUUAUCCUAGCAAAAUUAUAAACUGUAUUGUUUAUUUGAAUAAAUGUCAUGAGAAAUAUCAUUUUUGGGAGUACUGUGUGAGUCAUUAGAGUAGGUUUGGUCUCAUCAUAUUAAUUAUCUUAACAUCCAUGAUGCAUUUCAGCGCUGUGUAUUUUGCAGUGUACUAAGACCUUGGCAGAGCUGUGGUUGUCUUCCAGAAGUGUCAACUCAAUUUGGCAUCAUUAAUUAAACAAUUUGGAUAAAAAAUUGUUCUUUUACUUACAGUUUGUAUGCAAGAGGUCAUGUGGUUGGUUGUAUGAUGUCAGUUUUUGUUGUUCACUUUAAGUCACAAACCAGUGAUUGAAGUUGAAUGGAUGAUAA